UGCAUUUGUUUAUUUAUUCCGCCAAAUUUUGUUUAUUGGUGUCGCAGCAUGUCCACUUGCAGUUCAUCCGAAAUAGCGGAGAAGAAGCGCAUUGCCUUGGCUAAGCUGCAAGCCAAGAAGUCACAAUUACUGUCUACCACAUCUACCUCCAAUGGAAAAUCACAAUCCAAUGAUCAAACAAGUGGGAAGCAACAAGUUCGGAAUGGAAAUCCAAAUCCAAAACAACCCCAGGCUAAGUCUCCGUUGAAUUUCUACCGUUCGCCGCCUGCAGCGCAAGAGAAGAUGACCAGGACUACCUACUCGUCUAAUAACAACAAGAGCUCGUCCUUUCUGAAUGCUCUAAAAGCAAUCAAACAAACCUCCACGCGGGAAUUGUCGCGAGUUGCCGCACAUCCAUACCAACGGCCGAAUGGAGAGAAUGGAAAGAACAGACCCACACUUUCUUUGGCUCCGGAAAAUGAGAAACCAGUAGCUGUGCUACUGGGAAAUUCUAUCACCUGCAACCUUUACAUGGUCAGCACACAUCGUUUCAUUGCCCAAGCCUUGGGAUAUCAUGAAAAGCUUAUAGCUGUGUUCAAAAAUAUGCCCAGCAGAAUUUACGAAAGCCAAACGCGCACCUGGAGUUUCGAUCUCUCGGAUUACCAGUCACUGCAGACCCAUGCAGCGGAUUUAAAGCCAAAUGUCCAGAUGGUUGGAAUUCCAAAAAAGGUUCUCGAUCUUUGCCGACAGCCCCCAAUAGUCUUGGAAAGGAGUGUUUUAGCUUCCAUAGAACCAAAGCUGGCAGACAAGUUAAUGCCCUUCCAGCAAGAUGGGGUGUGCUUUUCCAUUUCCCAAAAGGGCCGCAUUAUGAUUUGUGAUGAAAUGGGUCUGGGCAAAACUUAUCAAGCCUUGGCUGUAGCCGACUAUUUUAAGGAUGAUUGGCCUUUACUUAUCUGCACCACCGCCUCUACAAGGGACAGCUGGGCCAAACACAUUGUUGAACUACUGCCCAAGGUACCCAUACAUCACGUUCAGGUGCUUAACAACAAUCAACAAUACGUGGGCGAGGCACAGGUGCUCAUCACCAGUUAUAACAUGAUGGAGCGACAUGAGGACAAACUUUUACAGCGCAAAUACGGAUUUAUCAUCUUUGAUGAAUCGCACACACUAAAGAACAGCAAAGCCAAGUGCACUACAACUGCUAAAAGGCUUUCGGAUCAAGCUAAGCGGGUGGUUUUAUUAUCCGGAACUCCAGCUCUUUCCCGCCCCUUAGAACUUUUCAGCCAACUCCAAAUGGUGGAUGGCAAAUUCAUGAGUUUUAUGGAAUUCACUACACGUUAUUGCGAUGGUAAACAGUCUACAUUUGGCUGGGAUGCUAGCGGGCAAUCGAAUCUAGAGGAACUCAAGGUUAUUCUUACAUCUAAAUACAUGUUAAGACGAACGAAAGCUGAAGUGCUACCUCAACUCGCUGAAAAGAAUCGUGAAACUGUGGUUUUGGAUCCAGCCUUAGUGUGGACCAACGAAGAAACCAAGGAUACCUUAGAUGCGUUUAACAAGGAGCUAAAAACAAGCAAAGGCAGGGCCAUGGAGGAGAUUUUACUGCGUUUCUAUGCGCGAACUGCUGAAGUCAAAGCCCGAGCAGUGUGCGCCUACUUAAAAACCCUGGUUAAGGAGGAAAGGAAAUUUAUAAUUUUUGCCCAUCACCGGGUUAUGAUGGACGCCAUUAGCGACUGCCUUAGUGGCUUAAAAGUACACUACAUACGCAUAGAUGGACAGACCCGUAGCGAUCUCAGAUCAGAUUUUGUAGACACAUUCCAGAAAAAGCGCAGCUGUAAAGUUGCCUUACUCUCCCUUAAAGCCUGCAAUUCAGGGAUCACACUAACUGCAGCGGAGAUGAUCGUGUUCGCUGAACUGGACUGGAAUCCUAGUACCCUUGCGCAGGCUGAGAGUCGUGCCCAUCGCAUUGGGCAAACCAAACCGGUGAUUUGUCGCUAUUUGAUGGCAAACAAUACGGCAGACGAUACAAUAUGGAACAUGCUUAAAAAUAAGCAAGAGGUGCUAAGUAAAGUGGGUAUCUUUGCCGAGAAUCUGCAAAAGGCUAAACACACUGCGGCACCUACUUCGUCCCAUAAAAUCGAAGAAUUCUUCUCACCCGCCAAGUCCACCCCUGAAAGGGAGAGGAGCAGCAUAAAGCAAUAUUUUUCGCCUGUUCAAUCCAAAGCGCCCAAUGAACCGAAUAAUAAUAUCGAAAAAUCCAAAGAUACUAUUGCCAAGUCGGAUAUGGCAGCCUUUCUUAACGAUGAUGAUGAUGAGGCUUUUAUGGAGUUAGAUAUUUAGAUAAGACAAUUGUAUUUUAUAUUGUUUAUUAAAUUUAUUUAAAUUAUGUGUACCUCAGAAAAUUAAAAACAACAUAUACAUUUUAAUUUGCGCAUGAUCCACAUCUCAUUAAAUCUUUUCAAACUGCCUCUGCGCCGUGCCCUGGCAACAGACAAACAAACACUCAAGCAAACCUUUUCACUUGUAUC